AAAAUCCCAAUCAAUCUCAAUCUCUAAUUCACAUUCAUUGAUUCUCAUAUCAAUUUUCGACAUGGGUUUUUGAUUAAUUACAUUAACUUUACUUUGAUUUUCAGAAAUCACAUUUCUGUAACUUGAAUUUUUUGAUUUUGAAUGAAAUUUAGGAUUUCAUGAAAUAUCUGGUUCUGGGUUUUCAGCAAGAAUCUUUUAGGUUUUGUUUACCUAGAGAUAGAUGGGAUAAAGAAUUUGUGAUAUUACAAGCUGGAUAGAUUUGAGAAAUUUUGUGAAUUUUUAAGUUUUUCUAGAUUAGAGCUUUGAUUUUGAAGAUGGGUUCUUCAUCUACAUUGAAGAGGAAUGUAGAAACGGAGAUUUCAUUGAUUGAUUCAUUACCUGUUUAUGUUAAAGAAUUGAUUGCUGGUGGUGCUGCUGGUGCUUUUGCUAAAACUACUAUUGCCCCAUUGGAGCGAAUUAAGAUUCUCUUGCAGACUAGAACAGAAGGGUUUCAUUCAAUUGGUGUGUAUCAAUCUAUGAAGAAGUUAUUGAAGCAUGAGGGUGUCUUUGGAUUCUAUAAAGGAAAUGGUGCUAGUGUCAUUCGGAUAGUUCCGUAUGCAGCAUUACAUUUCAUGACAUACGAGCAAUAUCGAUGUUGGAUCUUGAAUAACUGUCCUGCAAUGGGUACAGGUCCUGUUGUUGAUCUCUUAGCGGGUUCUGCAGCUGGUGGAACGGCUGUUUUGUUUACUUACCCGUUAGAUUUAGCUCGAACCAAGCUUGCUUAUCAGGUUACAAGUCCUAAAGAGAGUAUAGGGCAUGGUUUGCGUAGUAUACAUUCUCAGACGGAUUAUUGUGGGUUAAAACAUGUCUUUAAGAGUGUAUACAGGGAAGGUGGAAUGCGUGCGCUGUAUCGAGGUGUAGGUCCUACACUUGUUGGAAUCCUCCCAUAUGCUGGUUUGAAGUUUUACAUAUAUGAGGAACUCAAGAGACGGGUCCCCGAAGAGCACCAGAAUUCUGUUAUGUUGCGUCUAUCUUGUGGGGCUUUAGCUGGGUUGUUUGGACAGACAUUUACAUACCCACUAGAUGUUGUUAGGAGACAGAUGCAGGUUCGAAGUCUGCAACAAGGUGGUCCUGGAUACAGGAAUACGAUGGAAGGAUUUACUACCAUUAUCCGUAAUCAAGGGUGGGGACAACUCUUUGCUGGCUUAAGCAUUAACUAUAUGAAGAUUGUUCCUUCAGUAGCUAUUGGAUUCACAGCAUACGACAUGAUGAAGUCAUGGCUACGAGUUCCACCCCGACAAAAAUCUCGCUCAGUACCCACUGCAUAAUUCCACAUGUUUUUCUUCUGUUACUACUCUCGCUAUUCUCUAGACUGCGCAAGAUACGAGGUAACUAAAAGGUGAAAAUAUAGAGAAAGACAGAAUGGCAUGGCAGGGUGCAGGAUGAGAGAAAAAGAGGUUAUCAUGCAAAGAAGAGUGUGUAGAUUGAUCCAAGAGGGGAGUUCUUUUGUUUUGUUGUUCAGCUUAGGUACAAAAAAGACAUUAUUUUAAGUGGUUUUGAUACUUCAGCGGUUCAGCCCAAUAAUGGUACUUGAAGCGAAUGGUGAGGAGUGCCUGUGAAGUGCAAGCAUCACAUUAUUUUAUUUUUAUAAGGUUUUUUAUGAAUAAGCAAUCUAUAUUAUAAAAAGAAAUGGUGUGUGUAGCCUUACAAAUCCGAUCAUCGAUUUCGUCAUCCCACGAUGGAGAUUGAUCGGUUAUAUGUCCU